AUGACAAAGCUCAUCAUUAUCCUCUCUGCACAAAUCCUCCUCCUAGCCGGAGUUGCUUCCGCUGGAGAUGGUGGAGACUUCGCAAGAACUACGUACCAAAAACAUCCGGCCUUCAAAAAAGAGGAGAAGCUCACCCAUCUCCAUUUCUAUUGGCAUGACUCAACAAAGGGUCGAAACCCUAGCUCCGUCAUGAUCCAACAGCCGGUCUCGAACUCCUCCUUAUUCGGAUCGAUCACCAUGACGGACGACCCUUUAACAACAGAUGAGCCAAAGAAUUCGACCGUGGUGGGACAUGCCCAAGGGAUCUAUGCCGGAGCGUCCCAAGGAGAGAUUGGCUUCUUGAUGGUGCUGAAUUUUGCUUUCAGUACAGGGAAAUACAAUGGGAGUACGAUCUCGGUUCUUGGUCGAAACACUGUAUUCUCGAAGGUUAGGGAAAUGCCGGUGGUCGGGGGAAGUGGAAUGUUCCGAUUCGCUAGUGGUUAUGUCAAGGUAAGGACCAAGUCGUUUGACUCCAAGACAGGUGAGGCCACAGUUGAGUACAACUGUUAUGUCGUGCACUACUGA